AUUUUUAUUGGCAUAUUUUGAUCCUCAGGCCAUGGAAGGUCGGUGCAAGUUGUGGAUACCCAAGAAGAAUAGGUUUUGCGCAAAUUCUCCUCUUCCCACCUCACCUUUCUGCGGAAACCACACGGCAAGAUCCAACGGUCAAUGGGCUCCUUGUCCGAUCGACCCUUCUCACUCCGUGCUACAAGAGAAUCUUCAAAGUCACCUGAAGCGAUGUCCACUUCUGAAACAAACUCAAUCGCUUUCUCUCCAGCCUUUCUAUCAAAAGAGAAUCAACGCUGGUACAGAGAGUGAGUUUGCCCUCGCUGCAUCUGAAAUGAAGAGGAAUGCUGUAUAUUCCAUGUCCGUUUACGAGUUCUCCAAAUUAAUCACCAAAAUCAGGUCUAUCCAUGCUUCCAUCUGCAAUUUCAUUCCCGAUUCUUUCAAAAUUCCACAAGCUUGUAGCAAUUGGACAGACCGACAAGCUGCAGAUUCCAAGUUGCCAUAUGAAGAAAAGCAUGUUCUUCAGCAAUCAUCUAUUCUAGGGAACCUUGAAGAGUUUGGAGUUCUGAAGCAAUCCAGUGAUCAUCAUCGUGCAGCAGCCGUUGUGGAAUUCGGUGCUGGAAGGGGUUACUUGACCCAAUUAUUGGCCGAUUGUUACGGAUUCAAAAAUGUUGUGCUGGUUGAACGCAAACCCUACAAGCUUAAGGCGGAUAGGAGUUUGAGGCAGAAAGAGGGGUUAAGGUUAGAGAGGUUGAGGAUUGACAUUGAGGACCUGAACUUAAAAGGCGUGGAGUGUUUACAGGGAGUAGUGUAUCUAGCAUUGGGGAAACAUCUUUGCGGGCCGGCUACAGAUAUGACAUUAAGAUGUUGCAUGAACGAGCCCCCAGUUGGGGUAGCCAUAGCUACAUGUUGCCAUCAUCUCUGUCAAUGGAGGGAUUACAUAAACAAGGAAUAUAUGUUGAACCUGGGAGUGGGAAUGGAAGAAUUUAAUGCUUUGACAUGGUUUACCAGCUGGGCGGUUGAUGCAGCAGCAGAUCAUGGUUCGGAUUUGAAUGGUGGCUGCACUGGUACUGAACCACAAACAAGGGGCAAUGCGGCGGUGAUGGAUGUAUCGGGAGUGGAAGGAUUGUGCAAGAGUAUGAAGGCUGUAGAUAGGGCUGCUUUGGGGUUUAUGUGCAAAGAUAUAAUUGAUGCAGGGAGGAUGAGUUGGCUUAAGGAAGUUGGAUUUGAAUGUGAGAUGGUUAAAUAUGUUCCCUCUUCCAUCUCUCCGGAAAACCAUUUGUUGCUUGCCAGGAAAAAGUAGUAACGGAUCAAUCCUAUGAUGUAUUACUUUGUUACUAGUGUUUGUUUUUGUCUUCCUAACACACACAUACAUUUAUAUUUGUUGCCUUUAUCCUUUUUGUCUUCUUCAGUUAUAUGGCUAUUCAGACUUGUGGGGUUAUGGAAUCGCCAAGAAUUUAUGUUUCUCUUUGUAGCUGUGGCUUGGGGUGGUGGUGUGGAUUUUAUUAUGGUUGUAGUAGUUCUCAUGCGGGAUUUCUAUAUGCACUGGUGAAAAGGCCUGGGCAAUGCCGAAUGCCCCAAGAGUGCUUCAAUUUAAAAAGAAGUAUGAGUUAAAAUAAAAAUACUACGUAGUAAUAUAUACUCCCUCGAUCCCGG